AUGGACAACGAGCAAUCAACAAAUACAUCGGCAGUUCCAGAAAGUGCAGAAGGUCGUCGACGUAUCAAUAUCCAACAAAUACAAAAUGUUCUACUAAUCUGGUUAGACAGUAACAUUGAUGAAACAAAUGAUGAUUGCCAAAGUACAAUCACAGAAUUACGACGUGUUGUUAACGACAUUAAUACAUAUACAAACAGUGAUCAAUGCCUUGAAUUCAUUCAAACAGUCAUCAACAAAAAGGUAUGCAUGGUUAUAUCUGGAUCACUUGGACAACAUAUUGUACCUCGUGUGCACAAUAUGUCUCAAGUGGAUUCAAUAUUUAUCUUCUGUAUCAAUAAAAAAUAUCAUGAACAAUGGGCCAAAGAUUGCCCCAAAAUAAAGGGUGUCUUCGCGGAUAUUACACCCAUCUGUGAAGGACUCAAGAAAGCUGCUCAUCAAUGUGAACAGAAUGCUAUUUCCAUGAGUUUCGUGGAAACAAAUAAAAAGUUGGAUCAAUUAGACCCUUCUUUUAUGUACACCCAAAUCAUGAAAGAAAUCUUAUUAACCAUCACAUUCAAACAAAACCACAUCCAAGAUUAUUUUGGUUACUGUCGUGAUGCUUUUGCCGACAACAAAGAAGAAAUGGUUAAUAUUGAACGAUUAGAAAGCCAAUACCCCAAGAAAACACCCAUUUAUUGGUACACCUGCCAAAUGUUCUUGUAUCCCAUGCUCAAUCGUGCAUUACGAUUGAUGAAUGGUGAUAUCAUUACACGUAUGGGUUUUUUCAUUAGCGAUCUUCAUCGACAAAUUAAACAACUGCACAAAAAACAAUAUGCUGGUACAACUACUGCUAACACCUUCACCGUUUAUCGUGGUCAAGGUUUAUCUACAGGUGAUUUUGAACAAAUGAUGAAAAUCAAAGGUGGUCUUAUUUCAUUCAACAAUUUCUUAUCUACUAGUACUGCUCGGAAUAUUUCACUGGAUUUUGCUCAAGAUGCUACAACAAAUCCAGAUCAAGUCGGAGUACUUUUUAUCAUGAAAAUUAAUCCUGCUCAAUCAACAACACCAUUUGCUUCAAUUGCUGGCAUUAGCAAGUUCCAAGGAGAAGAAGAAGUCUUAUUCUCGAUGCAUAGCGUCUUCCGUAUCCAGGAUAUUAAAUUGAUGGGUGGAAAUAAUCGUUUAUUUGAAGUUCAUUUGACACUUACUGCAGACAACGAUCCAGAAUUGAGCAGACUUACUGAUUACAUUCGAAAACAGAGUUUUCCAGACAGUGAAGCAUGGUACAGAUUGGGUAUGGUAUUACGCAAAAUGGGUCAACUUGAUAAAGCUGAAGACAUUUAUGACAUUUUACUUCGUCAAACCAAAGAUGAUGAAGAUAAGGCACCUAUUUAUCAUCAACUUGGUACGAUCAAAUAUGAUCAAGGAAAAUAUCACGAAGCACUUAAAUUCUAUGAAACAUCACUUGCUAUUUAUCAAAAAACUCUUUCUACCAAUCAUCCUAGCUUGGCUGCUUCCUACAACAAUAUUGGUUUAGUGCAUAACAGCAUGGGUAGUUAUCCUAAAGCACUUUCAUCUCAUGCAAAAGCCCUUGAAAUCAAACAAAAAUCACUUCCUCCCAAUUAUCCUGAUUUGGCUGAUUCAUACAAUAACAUUGGUACAGUACAUGCCAAGAUGGGUAAUUAUCCUAAAGCACUUUCAUAUCAUGAAAAAGCCCUUGAAAUUCGAGAACAAUCACUUCCCUUCAAUCAUCCUGAUUUGGCUGCUUCGUACAAUAAUAUUGGUACUGUCCAUAACAAAAUGGGUAAUUAUCCUGACGCACUUUCUUAUCAUGAAAAAUCUUUUGAAAUCAAACAAAAAUCACUUCCUCCUGAUCAUCCUAGUUUAGCACAAUCCUACAAUAACAUCAGUUUAGUGCAUUACAACAUGGGUAAUUAUCCAGCAGCAUUUUCAUCUCAUGAAAAAGCCCUUAAAAUUCGAGAACAAUCACUUCCCUUCAAUCAUCCUGAUUUAGCUGAUUCCUACAACAACAUUGGUGAAGUGCAUGCCAAGAUAGAUAAUUAUUCAGAAACAUUAUCAUUUUACAAAAAAGCCCUUAAGAUUCGAGAACAAUCACUUCUCUCCAAUCAUCCUGAUUUGGCUAUAUCCUACAACAACAUUGGUGAAAUGUAUGUCAAGAUGGGUCAUUAUCCAAAAGCACUUCUAUUUUAUGAAAAAGCCUUUAAAAUUAGACAGCAAUCACUUCCUCCCAAUCAUCCUGAUUUAGCUAUAUCCUACAACAACAUUGGUGAAGUGUAUGUCGAAAUGGAUUAUUAUUCGGAAGCACUUCCAUUUUAUGAAAGAGCUCUUGAAAUUCGACAAGGAUCACUCCCUCCCAAUCAUCCUGAUUUGGCUAUAUCCAACAACAACAUUGGUGAAGUGUAUGUCAAGAUGGGUCAUUAUCCAAAAGCACUUCCAUUUUAUGAAACAGCCCUUGUUAUCAAACAACAAAUCCUUCUUCCGAAUCAUCUCGAUCUGGCUUCUUUCUACAACAACAUUGGUAAUGUGCAUUACAACAUGGGUAAUUAUUCGAAAGCACUCCCAUGUUAUGAAAUAGCUCUUGAAAUCAAACAAAAAACCCUUCCUCCCAAUCAUCUCGAUUUGGCUUCUUCCUACAACAACAUUAGUAAUGUGUAUUACAACAUGGGUAAUUAUCUGGAAGCACUUUCUUAUUCUGAAAAAGCCCGUGAAAUUGAACAAGAAUCACUCCCUCGCAAUCAUCUUGAUUUGACUUCUUCCUAG